CAUUCAUUUGUAAGGGCCACAUUUGUUAACCUAAACAAUUUACAAUUGUUUGAGUUCAGAACAUCAACAAACUGUUGGUAACCACUACAUUUUCAUUGCGUCUCCUUGCGACGUUUUAGUAGGAAAUCGGAUGUGAAGGAUUUUUAAUUCUUGAUGAGGAAAACCAGAUAGUGCUCCCAUGUCUAUGAUCGACACCACAUCGCGGCUUGCUUUUAGCAAGGAUUACCGGUUGCCCAAACCGCAGUACCGAUUUGAAGAUGCGGGGGACUACAGGCAGCUUAUGGUGUCAGCUAGGAAAAGAAAUGAGACGGAAGCAAUGCGGAAGUUUUGGAAAUCGCUGAAAGGAUUUAAUCUGAAAGGGCGCGAUCUCCAGCUAGACAUCGUCCCUCGCUACGAGACACCGCAUUUCCCCGCUUCGCCUGGACCGCGUUUUUCCAGUUACAUUACUACUUACGAUCUCCUAGGCCCAACGCCGGCAGAGGGGAGAGCUCAGUCUGCACUAUAUCGCAGAAAUAUCCAAACACCUGUCACUAACAUAGCACGUGACUACAGUCAGUUUACCCGCGCCCCCUCUCGGAACCGCAGACCUCACACAACGUUCAGUGAGAGAGACGCACAGAGUCCGUGGUUCAAAGAAAUACGGAAAGAUGUCCCAGAGCGUGUAGCGUACACUAUGGACAUGGAUCCCGAUUUCGGGAACGAUCGUCUAGCCGCUCUACAACUCCCACCAGCCGUGAAAAGCCGGGAAGUCGUGUAUUAUCCCGCUGAAUAUAGUGGUCGCAAAGAAUUCCACAUUAGUCCCGAAUGGAACUCGGAAAGACCGCAGUGGGGCGGUAUUGCCAGAGAGGGGCACUAUCAGAAACGCAAUGAAGGGCAUUCCCAGCCAAGCACUGGGAAUUUGUAUGGCGCUUACUAUGGCACAGUGGGGCCAGAGAGAUACGACUUUGCUCAAAAUGCUUGGAAGUAGUUAGGAAUUAACAUAUUAAAUGACGGAUACAUUAUUUCUGGACACGUCUUAUGAGAUUUCUGCCAAAGUCAUUUCUAAGACGUUUUCCAUUAUUUAUUUAAUUAUUUAUUUAUUUGUUUAUUUAUAUUUGUGAACAUGUUCAAGUGUCUACGUGCAAAGAAUGUUUUUGCGAAGGUGAUAAAUGUUAUUCUACGCAGAGAUAGAGAGAAAUCUAUAUAGUAUGUAUGAAGUAUUUUUUACAGUAUUAAUUCAAAUUUUUAUAUGACAAUGGAUAAAUCAUUAAUGUGUUUUAUUGAUACAAAAACGCAUUCCACCACAUUGAUUAUUUUAAUAUUUGUUUGCGUAUUUGAUGAUAAGGUAUAUAUGAUGUGAUAUUGUUGUUGUUGAUAUUAUUGCUAUUUAUAUUUGUGCUAUUUAUAACUUGUUGUUUAAAUCUCCAUUGUGUAGUUGGCAUUUAAUUCAGGUAAUCUUGGUUGGCCUCAGGACAUUUAAGAAAGGGGGACAAAAUAAUUUUUUACAACCAUCCCUGUAUUGAUAUGUAACGAGAAGUGUAUCAUUCAAUGGAGAUCUGUAUGUUUUUGUCAGUCUGUGUUUAUUUGUAGCUAAUUCCAUUUUAGAUCGAGUACAGCAAAGGUUUGUCAGUCGUAGCUUGUAGAGGGGUAGGGGCCGGCAUUGGAAUAUUGGAAAUAAAAAUUGUGCAAUUUAGCGCAAUUUAGCUAGUAAUUGGAACCUGCUUUUUUAGGCUCCACUGACAUUUUUUCUAUGUUCUGUGAGGCCAUUUAUUUCUGAUUCAUCAAUAAUUUAUUUCAUUUACGACUAAAAUUAUAUGUAACAUUUUUCUAUAUUAA